UCAUAUCACGUGAUUUCCGCUCAAUUCGGUCUCUUUUCCUUUUCGCUGGAUCGAGUAAAGUUGGGUGCUUGUUCUCUCUUGUGGAGCUAAGGCUGUAUCAGCAACUUGCACCAUUAUUAACAUUCAUCCAGUUUUAAUAUAAGACACACAAGUAGCAAACAUGACUACCAAGGCUGAACUUGCUUGCGUUUAUUCCGCAUUAAUCCUCGUUGACGAUGACGUCGCUGUAACUGGCGAGAAGAUUCAAACAAUACUGAAAGCCGCUAACGUUGAUGUGGAAUCUUACUGGCCCGGUCUUUUUGCUAAAGCACUAGAAGGUGUUAAUGUUAAAGAACUUAUUACGAAAGUUGGAUCAGGUGUAGGAGCAGCACCCGCAGCAGCUCCAACCGGUGUUGCUGCACCAGCUGCUGCUGAAGCAGCGCCAGCUAAGGAAGAAAAGAAGAAGGAGGAACCUGAAGAAGAAUCAGAUGAUGAUAUGGGCUUCGGUCUCUUUGACUAAACCCAAGGAUCGCAAUUUGUUGGUCCAUAUAUUUUUUUGUACAGUUAUAUUGUACAAUGAAUAAAAUAUUUUUAAAUUGAA